UGUGACCUUUCCCCGUUCCACAUUCUCCCGCACCGAAUUCGGUGGUAACAGCUGUCGGCAUUAUGGAUGUGCAUCAGGUGAGCCAGCAGCCGUGAGCAACGAUCUGAUGAUUCUCCUCGUUGCUUCGCUACUCUGUGUGUGUGUGCAGGUCAGGGAGGAUACGCGAGCAGUUGAACAGGGCCUGCGGCACCUGCAGGAGCUCAACACAGCGGUGCGCCUGCCUGCCUGCACAGAACAAGUCGUCGACUCUCUCUCUGCGUAUGUGUCUUCCCUGCAGCUCGGCGCGUUGCGGUCUCACUUUGAGCAAGCGCAGCCUCCCAGUCUCACUGCACAGGUACGUCACACACACUGCCGCAUCGCUCGUGGAGUUUCCGUCUUUCGCAGGCGCCGUCGGCCAGCUCAUUGGAGCUCCAUGUGCAGCAUGCCCUCGUCAGCUCCCACAUCGCCACAGCACAGUCGCAGCUCACCCGCACACAUGAGGACGUGUCGCGGGUGGUGGAUGCACUCAAACCGAUCCUGGCGGCCGCACCCAAUCCCGCCACUCAGGAUGAUGCCGAGGUGCGCACAGCAGAUGGCGACAGCACGACACUCUCUCUGUGUGUUAAUCGCUGGUUCUUGUUGCUCUGUGUUUUGCAGGCCUCUGCAGUGAAGCGCCCGUCAUUUCGUCUGACCCAUCGAAGCGGCAACCCUCCACCUGUGAAUGUGAAUCAAGGACCGGUCAGACCGACACCAUGACAGAUCUGAUACAUCGAAUCCUCUUGACCUUACUCUGAUGUCAUGUUGAUUGUCACAUCAGGCCCGUCGUCGGCUGUCGCGUGAUGAGCUCUCCAACGUGUUCGGCCACCUGCAGCACUGGGAGCUGACGCGCCACCGCCGGCGUCUCGGCACGCCCCUCUUCCAUCAGUCGGCCGCCAACUACACCCACCUGGUCAUCGACUGUGAGGACGACACGGCGCGGCGCAUGUGGGAGACCAUGCCGCUGGCCGUGGCCCAGAGAUGGGGGCAGAGGGCGACCAACGUCCGAGUGAUCAAACACCGCUACCCCAAGUGGCAUGAUCUAUGGUGCCGCGGGACCUGGGCGGCAUUAGUGGAAGGUCAUGCGAGGGGCCGGGCGGCCAUCGCAGACAAGAAACGACGAGAGAGGGAGGGAGGGGAGGGGGCAGCUGCUGCGGUGGCGCAAGACGAUUACGGCCCCAGAUCAGCUGCUCGCGUUGUGGAACGCGUGGUCGACUGGACGCGUCAUCAGUCGGCUGACGAGGGCACACUAGAGGUGCUGUCAUUCGAGGCCGUCGAGCUCGAUGACAGCAUUGACAUCCCCCACCCGCUCCCCUCAUCUGAUCUGCCGCCCGCCCCCUGCGUCCCGAUCCCCAUCCACCUGCCGGCACUCAAGACAGCCAACAGCAUCCCGGGAUACCUUGUGAUGGCUCCUCAACGUCGCAACUGGCAUAUGCCCGCUCUCAGGGUCCUCACCAUCGGAGAGCUGCCGGGAGGCGAUGCCGGGUCGGUAUGGCUGACGCACUGUAAAGCGAUUGAGGUGCUGGACUUCAACGCCACUGGCUCUUAUUCUGGUGCGUUUGUGGCCGACCUGCCGAGUGCGCUGCCGGCCGGAUGCGGAGCACUCGAGGCGCUCCACACUCUGCGAGGCAUCGCACUGCCGGCCUCCCCCGCCGACAUCGACAAGCUGCGUGAGGUGAUGGUGGCGAGGGGCGCCAGGCGGUCCAUUCGCAACCUUCAGUUCAUCUGGAACCAUUGUGUGGUUGACACUGACAACACUGUGCAGCAGCUGAGGAAAAUCGCGGAACUCAGGUGGGUCGGGACGGACCAGGCAGGCAGACAGACAGGACCGUGUAUGUAUGUACUUCAUGUGACUGUGGUCGUCUGUUUGUGCUGUUUCGUCAGGGACGCAGUGGCUGAUCCCGCUGCCAUGUCGGAGCCACUUGUUUGCGGCAACAUGGGGUAUGGGGGUCUCGCCAUGGAGCUCCUCUCGCGCAGCAGCGACCACGUGUUCCAGAACGUCAUCGCCGUGUUCGCCAAGACCAUCACGACCGUGACCUACUGCGGGCGUACCGAGGCCACCCCUGCAUCGAUCACGGACGACACCUUCCCCGCCGCCCACACCCUGCAGCUGCAAGACGAUGCCCUCCCCAGUGAGGCCAAGAAGAAGAGGGCGGUCGAGAUCGCCUCCCACAUGGCCAACCUGCAGCGCAUCGAGGCAGACGCCCAUGUGGCUGUCAGUGAGGUGUGGCGUUUCGUUGCACGGCUGCAGCGGGCGCGGAUUGGCAGAGGGCGAGAGGGCGGCCUGACGGUGCAUUUGAUGGUGAAUUUUUACACACUGCUCGGCCACGUGCCUGCUUGCUUCUGUCUGGGGGGGCGGUCCGUCGAACAGCUGCGGGGCGUUGAGAAGAUUGAAAUCGAUAUCUGGGGUGAGGGAUCUUCAACAGGCUGCACACACACACACACACACACACACACACAAAGAGAGAGAGAGCAGAGAGAGAGAGAGAGAGAGAGACAAAACAAACAUGAGUGUUCUCUUUGAGCGUCAGGCGACGUCGAGGAGCUGGGAGAGGAGUUUGAGGUGGGAGACGAGUUUGACACCUUCUACGGUAAUGUCAUGGCUAUGGUGACUGCGUACAACGAGAUCAAGGUGGGUGCGUUGCAAAGUGUGUGUCACACGCCCACGCACACAUCUGUCAUGCUGGUCUAUUUGCCCGUCGAUAGGGACACACAGCCACUCGCGUGUCCAUCGCCGAACAUGGUCUCCGCUACAGGUUCCAGGAGCGAUUCCACCAGCAGCAUGCUGCCCUCAAGUUGGCCGGUGGACCGUUUCGGUUCUGCUGCGACGACCAGGGCUUCCUCGUAGAGCGCAGGGCGUAACUGGCUGACACAAUUCACG